AUGGACUUCGUACAAGAUUACCUCCCCCAGCUCUACUAUCUUUACAAUACAUACAACACGACCUAUCACCCAUAUGUCGCGCCCAUCUACCGCUUCGUCCUACUCACCCAAUCCUACUUCUUCCGCUAUAUCUUCCCCACAAUUUAUCCACUCUACACGGUGGCGAACAGUGCCCUCCACACUCUCUCCUCCGAUUCGCCGGAUCUUGUGACCCUCUUAUGCCUAGCGGUCAUCCUGAUUAUUUCAAUGAAAGCUCUGGAGUACAUGAGGAAGACCGUCAUAUUCUGGCUAAGCCUGAUCCUGCGCUUGGGGCUCUACGCCCUGCUUCUCGGAGUUGGGGUGUACGUGUGGCAACGGGGUCUUGAUCAGAGCUUGGAAGAUUUCGGAUUCCUGUGGGGACUGUUUGAGGGCCUUAGUGAGGAAGGACAGAAGGUGGGGAACCGUAGGGCCAAAGGGAGGGAGUGGGAAGCGCGAAAUGUUCGAGCUGGUAGUACAAGGAAGAGAGGCGGGGCGAGAGGCUCGGGAUGGUAA